CCGCGCGCUCCUUCUCCUCUGUGGUCUCUUGCCCCUCGUCACCUCUGCACGUCCGCUUCAGUUUAGGCACGGCCUCGCGGGGUAACAACUGAUCAUCCAGGAGUGUUUGUACUACAAUCGUAUAGCCACCUGCGGUCAGGUUUGCACAGCUGAUAACUGAUCAACACUCCGUUCGUGCGUGCGGGCGUGCGCGCGCACGCGCGCGCACGCGCGUGUGUGUGUCUCUGUGUGUGUGUGCGUGUGUGUGUGUGUGUGUGUGUGUGUGUGUGAGAGAGAGAGAGAGAGAGAGCGGGGACGCCCGGGGUGGUCGUGUCCACCUUCCCCUUCUUACCCGGUGGCGUUUGUAGAUGGCAUGUAGGUAGAUCUAUGGGCCUCUCCAUCGGUGGAUUGUAGGUGGGUGCCUGGGUUUCUCAAAUUGUGUGUGUAAUGGAACUUCGUCGUAGGCGAAUAGCGGGGAGAGGUUCUUAAGCACUGAAUCGGAUAGUGGUGUCACCUAAACCACAUUAUUGUUCACUCUCUGAUUCUCUUGUUGCUGCCGGCGCUGCCAUCAUCUGCUUCUCUUUUCCUCCCUCUCAGAUCCUGUCGUUACUCCUUCGGCCAAACCUCGAACGUCUUACCUACCUUCAUCUCUCCUCAUUCUCGAUCUUUUGCAUAAUUUUGGUUUCACCAUCUAUGAGUAUCAUUCUCCUAUAUAUAUCCUUGUUGUCUGCUUGUUCAAUUCGCUUGUCUUUCCGGUUAGCUGCUUGCUGUUUUAUACGACCUGGUUUUCAAGUGCUGAUGACUCGUCGCGCGUCGCCGGCCUCGUCUGUUCUCGCCAGCGCAAGUCAUUGUCCUCCUCCUCCUCCUCUCUGUCAUGAUUUACGAGGCCGACUUUCUAGCAGUUUGUUGGUAACGCUGAAGGAAACAUUUGCGUUUGAUCAGAGGCAGUGCCAAGCUCUGCGUCCCGAGACUUGCGUGCAUUCAAUUCACUACUCGAAGCGCAAGUAGAGUGGGGGUGGGCAUGGUUAACUACCGACAACGUCGGACCCUCUGGCAGCUAGAAGUAUCGCUAAGGAAACUUCGCAAGUUUUAAACGGUGCGAUCAUAGUAAUGGUAGAUCCACAAUCACAGUGCUGUCCUUGUAAAUCGAUGACUUUGCCAGCUACAUCGCAUCCUCCUGCUGGGGGUGCGAGGAGUUAGGUGCGCAUUGGCGGAGCUCCUCUUUCGCUGCAGAGGUACGGAUGUGGGCUUCGGCGGCGAUCGCUUGAGUGUAAAUAGGACGUGAAGUGGAAUUUCAGGUGCGGAAGCGCGGGCCCUUGCGAUUCAGGAGACGGGAGAGUCGGUUGGAGAGUUCCGAGUUGUGGUGGUGAAGUCGCCAGCUCUAGCGCGGAAGCGUCAGGCUUGUUUUUCGUUUCCCCGAAAAUGCAGGCAGCGAAUGAGAACUUAACGCCGAAGGUAAUCAAGGAACUGGCGCGGGAGCUUCGCACGUUGGACGAGUCUCCGCCGGAGGGCAUCCGAGUCUACCUCAACGAUGACAACUUCGCCAACAUCCAUGCGGAAAUCGAUGGCCCGGCGGGAACUCCCUACGAGGGUGGCUUAUUCAAGAUGAAGUUGGUGCUUCCGCACGACUUCCCGACAUCUCCCCCCAAAGGUUACUUCUUGACAAGAAUAUUCCAUCCGAAUAUCGCGAAGAACGGCGAAAUCUGCGUGAACACUUUGAAGAAGGACUGGAAGUCUAAUCUAGGCCUGACGCACGUGCUUUUGGUUGUUCGCUGUCUGUUGAUCGAGCCAUUCCCAGAAUCGGCGCUCAAUGAGGAAGCAGGGAAGAUGCUGAUGGAAGACUAUGUGGGAUAUGCGAAGCACGCGAGGCUGAUGACCAGCAUUCAUGCAAUGAAGCCGUCCAAGGCUAGGAACAAGAUAACAGUGGCUGAGGCCCUCAGUGCUCCUGCAGCUAUGGCAGUCGCCGCUGCUCCCUUGACACCCUCCCUCUUACCAACCUCCGCGGAGAGUAAUGCAGUGGCUCAUCCACAGGCGCCCUUGGCAUUGCCGAUUGCGAAAGCGGAUGGCACUGAUGGGUCUCAGCAGCAUCUUUCUGCAGUGGCUAUGGGCUUCGGCGUUGAAGGUGCCUCUGUGGCUUUGGUUGCAUCUCCUAGUGCAAAGAAAUCCAAAGGUGGGGAACCGACUGCAAAAUUGGCAGAUAGACGGAGAAAUGAUAAAAGAAGAGGUCUGAAGAGGCUUUAGCAAGUCUAGUGACUCGUUAUGUGCUCCAUUGUAGUUAAGUUAUAAGUUUGCGAAUGCAAGCCGUCAGUUGAAAAACAGUUCCCUUUCAUGUCGUUAGCGAAAGGUACGCGAGACAUCGUAGUGCCGGAUUUGUAGGACUGCUUAGCGGAGCACCUGGUGGGGAGAGAGAGAGAGAGAGAGAGAGAGAGAGAGAGAGAGAGAGAGAGAGAGCGGGGGGGGGCGGGUGGAACGGGGACGCUGGAGGUGCAAAGUGUUUCAAUUAUGUAGAUUUCAGAAGGCUAGGGGGUUUGCCAAUGCGGAUGUCGUGAGAAUGGGAGAUGCUUUGUGUAUCAUGUUUGAGGGUGUCCAUUGGUGUUGCGUGACUGGGGUAGAUAAUAGGUACCUAGGUUCUGUCAUGUCAAUUUCUAUAAGAUGGUGCACAGUGUUAAACGCAGCCUUUUUGUGUAUAAGCUCUUGUGUAUCCCGACAAGCGGCCAUCUGUAUCUGAGCCAUGGUCCUCAGAUAGCGCAGCAGAUAUGUUUGCAAUGUUUAUCUCACAGAUCUUGGCAGGGAGAAGGGAAGUGCAAGAAAGUCUCGUGAGUUGCUCUUGCUGGUGCUGUAGUGGUAAAAUGUUGACACCUGUGCUGUUGUUCAGUGGUCGAUCGGAGGUGCAUUGAUUGGGUCAUGGUCCGUUCAGAGAGUUCGUGGAAGUUGGAAGUUAUUAGGCUGGAUAAGUUAUUUUUCGUAACAUACAAAGGAAACGCUUAGUUGUUCUUUUCUUGCCCGUUUGCCCUUCUCUUUUUUUUUGUUUUUUGUUAUGUGAAUGAUCCGUUGCCCUUUUGAUCA